AUGACAAGGUCAUUGGAAUCUGCCACCCAAGUGACCAUAGCCAUUCGCAAUACGUUUAGCCAAGUGAGUGCUGAAGCCAAGGCCUUUGAGACGAAACCCGACAUUAUCACGCUGAACGUGGGUGGCACGACGUUCCAAACGUCCAAGGACACGAUUUUGCGUGGGGAAGGCACUUACAUUCAUUCGUUGCUCCGGUCUGGCCAGUGGAAACCGGAAGGAGGCGAGGGGUACUUUCUGGACCUGGACCCGACUCUGUUUCGACGUGUGCUAUUCUUUCUACGCACUGGAAAGAUCAUGCCGUUGGAUGGAUUGACCGAACCCGAGCAGGAUGAGUUUGCGGCGAUGCUGGAGUACUUGAAGAUGGACAAGUGGGCCCAAGCGCAAGCGAUACGCGUACGAUGGGACCCGAACGCCCACAGUCCAGACAUGAAUUUAUCCAACAACUCGAGAACGAUUGAGUUGUGUCGUUCAAGCUUGGCAAAGUGGCAAUAUGGUGUUGCCACGAAGCCACUGACGGGAAACCCACGGUCCAGACAUCAAUUUAUCCAACAACUCGAGAUCGAUGGAGUUGGGUCGUUCAAGAUUGGCAAUGUGGCAAUGUGGUGUUGCCACGAAGCCAGUGAAGGGGACAUUUAG